UCUAACAAUACUAUCAUCGAGGACAUUACCCUUUCGGAAGCCGAUGUUUUCUCCGUAUUGCAUAACCUCGACAUUAACAAAGCCCAAGGUCCAGAUGGGAUUCCUGCACGAUUAUUAAAAGAAACAGCUCGCCAAAUUGCUCCAUCACUAACCGCCUUGUUUAAUAAAUCUCUGAACACUGGUGUGUUACCACGCGACUGGAAACUAGCAAAUGUUGUUCCCGUUCACAAAAACGACAACAAAGAGCACGUAGAAAACUAUCGACCAAUUUCGCUUCUUUCGCUUAUCUCGAAAGCAUUGGAAAGAUGCGUGUUCAAUAAGAUCAAAGACCACGUUUUCGAACAGAUUAACAAUGGUCAACAUGGCUUUGUUCCUCGGAAGUCCUGUGUUACACAGCUCAUUGAAGUUUUUGAGUAUAUUGGUCGUGAGCUGGAUCUUGGGAAACAAGUUGAUGUGAUCUACUUGGAUAUGUCCAAGGCGUUUGAUCGAGUAAGUCACAUGCAACUGUUGAAACGACUUCGUGAUUUUGGAUUCGGUGGAAAUAUUCUUAACUGGUUUAGAUCUUACCUCAAGGACCGUCGGCAGCAGACUACAGUACUUGGUGCAACAUCGUCAGCACUACCAGUAACCUCCGGAGUUCCACAAGGCUCAAUCCUUGGACCGCUGCUGUUCCUAUUAUAUCAGAAUAAUCUCCCCAACUCCAUCAACCACUCGAAGAUCGCGACGUUUGCUGACGACACAAAGAUUUACAAGGUGAUAAACGCGAAGGCUGAUGCAUCCGCUAUGGAGAAUGAUCUUGCUAAUUUCCAAACCUCCUCUGCCAAUGCUAAUCUUCUCCUCAACACAGAUAAAUGUAAGACACUUCGAAUUACUAGAAAACGCAACAAAAUCGACCAUACUUACAAGUUGCAAGAUUCCGCUCUGAAAACCACAGAUUGCGAACGUGACCUUGGCGUCUGGACCUCCUCCACUCUCACAUGGUCGAAACAAGUCCUCCACCAGUGCGCCCAAGCCAACAAAUCCCUCGG